AUGCCCGCCACUGCGCCCAUCAGGAUUGGCAAGGUCACCGACGAUGAUUCAUACUUUGAGGAAGAGCUCAACAAGGCUCCUGAAGACCACUUCCUAUCUCCCAUCCAGAUGCACGAGUACGAAGACUGGGAUUCCGACAGCGACGGCGGCGAGGAAGUAGAAUGGGAUGCCGGUAUCACCGACUUCGCUCUGUUCAACAACGAUAGACGCCGCGCACAGGAGCGACAAGAAAACGUCCCCGAUCGAUGGAAUCAUCUCCUCGCGAGCCAAGCUUCUGCUCUGCAGCGCGCGACUCAGCGCAGCCGUAGCGACUCGGAUCCAUCUCUGGAAGAGAUGCCGCAGCUCACACCCGACAACAGCCCAAGCCUUAGGGACGCGUUCGACAUGGACUCUCACUUCAAAACAUUUGGUCACAAGCCACAAUCAGCACCGAGACCCAACUUCCUGGACUUCCGGCCCACGCGGACAACAAAAUACGAAAUGGAUGACGCAAGCGAUGACUCUGAUUUUGACGAUUCAGAAGACGAGGACGACGCAGAUCUCCCACUGUCGGUCAUCAUGCAACGCGCAAAGGAGAGACAACAUGCGGCACGAAUGCAGGAGCGACCCGGUCUGCGUUUCAGCCGUACCCUAUCGGGCAAACAACAUGUCUGGAGACGACCCAGUCAUGAAAUUUAUCCCCUCAAUGAAGACGUCGCCGGCGAGCGGAAAGCCGAGCACGACUACUAUCACCACGACGAGACCACCACUGAGCACAGCGGACCACGGUGA